AUGCCAGCUACCUGUGGCGUUUGCAACGUGGACAUUGGCAGCUGCAAGUCUACUGAAGUGAUAAGUUGUGCCGGUAAUUGCAAAAAAUCGUUUCAUGUAAACUGUGUGAAAGAAGAUAUAGAAGAGAAGAAGGUUCGUACAGCAAAGCAAUGGAGGUGUAGGGAGUGCCGAGAAGGCAGUGUAAGUUCCGGCUCAAAAAAAGUGGACGAAUCUACCAAAUUAAUGGAAAAUUUAAGAUCGGAAGUGCAAGUUCUGAAAAAAGAAAAUGAGGUUUUGCGAGAAACAGUCACCGACCUACAAGACCGGACUCGAUCACUGGAACAAUAUACCCGACGCAGCAACAUCGAGAUUAGCGGUAUCCCAGUCACCCCCAGGGAGGAUGUCAUCCAGUUGGUGAAGGACGUAGGUGCAGUCAUCGGCCUGGAGGUGGAGGAGUCCCAGAUCAACGCAGCACACCGAGUACCCAGCUUCCGCAAAGACCGGGUCCCUUCCCUCGUGGUCCAGUUCAUCGGCAGAUCCACUAGAGACACGUGGUUGAAACAAUUCAGGGAGCUCAAGGAAUCUGUGACUGUGGACCAGGUAAACUCGUCUUUCCCAAAAGCGAAACUGUACAUUAAUGAGCACUUGUCUCCAGCUAAUAAGGUGUUUUUGUCUGACUUGAAAAAGAAAUGUGCUGAAGUAGGCAUCAAAUACGCGUGGUGCCGUGAGGGAAAAUUCUUUAUCAGGAAGGCUGAUAAGGAUAAGUGUCGCAGGAUUUACAGUGAGGCUGACAUCAAAAAGCUCAAAUAA